GGGCCGGGGCCGGGGUCAAGGCUGUGGCACCGGCGCCAUGUUAAGGCCCCGCCUUCCCCUUGAGGCCCCUUCUUCUGUCCCUGCUGCCACCCGAGGAUCAUCUUCCCUUUGGUGCAGACAAAAAACCAAGUAGCAAUUAAACAGGGAAGAAUGGCAUUGAAACAGAUUUCCAGCAACAAGUGCUUUGGGGGCUUGCAGAAAGUGUUUGAACAUGACAGUGUUGAACUGAACUGCAAAAUGAAAUUUGCUAUCUAUUUACCCCCGAAGGCAGAAACUGGCAAAUGCCCUGCACUCUAUUGGUUGUCUGGCUUAACUUGCACAGAACAAAAUUUUAUAUCAAAAUCUGGUUACCAUCAAGCAGCUUCAGAACAUGGCCUUGUCGUCAUUGCUCCAGAUACCAGCCCUCGUGGCUGCAACAUUAAAGGGGAAGAUGAUAGCUGGGACUUUGGCACUGGUGCUGGGUUUUAUGUGGAUGCCACUGAAGAUCCUUGGAAGACUAACUACAGAAUGUACUCUUAUGUAACUCAAGAGCUUCCCCAACUCAUAAAUGCCAAUUUUCCAGUGGACCCCCAAAGAAUGUCUGUUUUUGGCCAUUCCAUGGGAGGUCAUGGAGCGCUGAUUUGUGCUUUGAAGAAUCCUGGAAAAUACAAAUCAGUUUCAGCAUUUGCUCCAAUUUGCAACCCAGUGCUUUGUCCUUGGGGCAAAAAAGCCUUUAGUGGAUAUUUGGGAUUGGAUCAAGGUAAAUGGAAGGCUUAUGAUGCCACCCAUCUUGUGCAGUCCUAUCCAGACUCUCAGCUAGACAUACUGAUUGAUCAAGGGAAAGAUGACCAGUUCCUUUCAGAUGGACAGUUACUUCCUGAUAACUUCAUAGCUGCCUGUACAGAAAAGAAAAUCCCCGUUGUUUUUAGAUUGCAAGAGGGUUAUGAUCAUAGCUACUACUUCAUUGCAACCUUUAUUACUGAUCACAUCAGACAUCAUGCAAAAUACCUGAAUGCAUGAAGAACUUCAAAUACUGCAAUCUCUUCGGAAUUGUAAAAGUUUUAAUACAGAAAAAAAGAUCUCAAAACACUGGACUUCAUGAUGCUGAGAAGGCUUCAUUCUGUAAUUGAAUCACCUGAAUAAAUACAGUCAGUCCCCGGGUUACCAGGUUAAAACAUCUGACUUACACAGACAACUCGUGUACCUGUAAAGCCUAUUAUAUUUAAAAUUUGAGUUAAAUACAAUGGUUGGUAAUAAAUGCACACACUAGUUUGUGACACUCAUGAAAACAUUGUGCAGUUUAGAAGUGUUUAAGUGUUUUAUAUGCAUAGAAAGGUCAAAUAUAUACUGUAUACUAAGACAAACACUUGACUAACUGAUGCUAAAUAAGAAUUGUAUGUACCCAUUUGGACUUACCUACAAAUUCAACUUAAAGACAAACUAAGGAACAGAUCUCGUCUGUAACCUGGAGACUGGCUUACAUAAAAAACUUUCUGAUUUAAAAAAUUAUUUUAUCAGGGUUCUCAUGGGAAAUCUUUAAUACUUUGCAGCUUUUUCAAGGUCAUUUGGAAAUCCUUGUUACAUUGACCUCAGGUCAUAGAAAAUGUAAUCCCAUAGUAAUGCCGGGCCAGAGGACUUAACCAGUAGUUUAGCCCAAGCCCCUCACCCCUCUAGACAUUAAGCCUCUGAGGGCAGGGACUGUCUUUGUCUUGUUCAUUGUUGGAGCUCGGUGUCUAGCAAAGUGCAUGGCUUCUAAUAGGGAUUUGGUAACUAUUUGUUAGCUGUUGAAUAAAGAAGUGGGCUCAGAACGUUAAGAGAAUUGUCCAUCAUCACACAUCUAAUUUAUGGAACAGCUAAGAUGAGAAGCCAGAUUUCUUAAACCCAGGUUUGAUCUUUCUUAUCCGUUGAACCAAAUAGAUCUGUGAACAUUAGUUUUGGGAGUCUUAUGGCUCUAAAAAGGAGCCCAGGUGGCACAAACAGUUAAGGGCUUGGCUGCUAACCAACAGGGUGGUGAUUCAAACCACCCAGGGCUCCGCAACAGAAAAAUCUGAUGAUCUGCUGCUGUAAAGAUUAAACUCAUUGCUGUCACGUCAGUUCCUACGCCUGAUGACCCCAUGUGACAGAGUAGAACUGCUCCGUAGGGUUUCCAAGGCUAUAAUCUUUAUAGAAGUAGAGUGCCGCAUCUUUCUCCUGCAGAGUGGCUGGUGGGUUCAAACUGCCAACCUUUUGGUUAGCAGCUGAGCAGUUAACCACUGUGCCACCAAGGCUCCUAUAGAUUGUACUCAAAAAUAUGAAAAUUAAUAGUAGUAAAAAUGGCUACUAUUUUAAUAUCAGAAUCAAGAAUUGAGCCCUAUAAUAACUUACAUAGACAGCAUUCCACACACAGUGUUUCUAAUCUAGUUUUCUGUGUGCUAAUAAGGAUCAUUUAAUUCAUGAAUAUUUUGCAUGUUGUUGAUAAUACCUUUGUAAAGAAAGAUACUUGUGUUACCUAAGGUAUCAGUCAGGUUUCAGCCAGAGAAACCGAACUGGUAGGAGAAAUAGAGAGAAAGAUGUAUUUGGCGUAUGCAUUUGUGGGAACUGGCUAAGCAAGUCAGAAUUUAUAGAGCAGGCAAGCAGAAAGGGAAGAUCACAGGCAGGCUGGAAACCACAGGUACAGAUUGAAACUGUCAUCCCCACGCAGUCAGCAAGAAAAGAUCACAAACUGGAUGGAACUCCACAGGCAUGGGCCAAAGCUGUUGUCCACAAGCAGAAUUUUUUUCUCUUAGGGAAGCCUCAGCCCUGCCUUUAAGACCUUCUAACUGAUUACAUGGAAAGCCUGGUGGUGUAGUGGUUAAGUGCUAUGGCUGCUAACCAAAAGGUCGGCAGUUCGAAUCUGCCAGGUGCUCCUUGGAAACUGUACGGGGCAGUUCUACUUUGUCCUAUGGGGUUGCUAGAGUCGGAAUCGACUCGACAGCAGUGGGUUUCGUUUUUUGAUUUAAUUGAUUACAUAAGGAGUCCUUGGGUGCCACAGAUGGUGAAGUACUUGACUACUAACCAGGAGAUUGGAGGUUUGAGUCCACCCAGAGGCACUGUGGAAGAAAGGCCUGACAAUCUACUUCCAAAAGAUGAUAGCCGUUGAAAACCUUAUGGAGCACAGUUCUACUCUGACAUUCAUAGGGUCACCAGGAGUCAGAAUUAACUGAUUAAAUGAUGCCCACUCAGAUUAUCGAGGAUAAUCACAUCUACAUAGUCUCUUCAUAGUGACACCUAUAUUAGUGUCUAGAACACAGCCAAUAAUGAUUGUAAUAAAGACAAAGGCCUUCAGUACAACACAGAAGUCACCGUUGAAGAUAGUUAGAAAGCCAAGGAACUUGAGCUUGCUUUUGGAUGUGCUGCAAAUGUUGGUCAAGCGAAAGAGGAAUUCUUACAUGUGCGUAAAUGUAAGAUGAGUUCCUCCCCCUGCCCCUCAAAAAAGUCCCUCAAAAUCUGUCAUUAUAAGGAACCAUCGUAACAACUUUAUAUGGAAUAACAACCUGAAAGUGACUUCCCAGUGCUAGCUUUGGAUGCUUCUAGAAGUCACUUGAUAGAAUCUGUUAUAAAAAGAGACAAAGAAAUUUGACAGAUUUCCUCAGUUAUGUUGGAUGUUGUAAAAAAAAGGUAUUAAAAAUCACUUUAAGAAAGAGUACAGUACCGUGAAGCCAGCACUGAGAGUAAAAAGGCAAGCUACAAAGUGAGUAGAGAGAUUUGCAAUGUAGACAUCUGACAAAGAGCUUGUCUGUGGAAUAUAUAAAUAACUACAGAUCAGGCAAAUCAACAAAAAAAACUUGGACAUUUCACAAAAUAAGAUACAUAAAUAAGCCAAUAAACACAUGAAAGUGUGCCUAACUUCCUAAGUCCAGGGAAGUGCAAAUAAAAACUACCAUGAAAGGCCACUACACACCCAUCUGAAUGACUACAACUAAAUCAGCAGAAAAUACCAAGUGUUGGCAAGGCUGCAUGGUAACCUGAACUAUCAUACUACUGGUGGGAGGGUAAACAGGCAGUAUUUGCUAAGAUUGAACCCCCACCCAACAACUUCACUCUAAGGUAUACCCAACAGAAAAAAAAAAACAACAGAAGCAAGUGCAGAUGUUCAAAAAGCCUGUACAA